CACCGCACCCAACGCAGUGCGGCAGAAGUUCGCGAUCGAAAAAUAUAUUUUUUUUUCUCCAAGUGUCCAGUGAAGUGUUAACAGUGUUCGGUAAAAUUUGAAUUUGGAAUACGGUUGGUGUUUUAAAAAUGAAAAUGGCGCCAUGCUUCAAGAAGUUUGUUAAAUGGCGUUUAUGAGUGAUCUGUGGAAUUCAAUCGUUGGGGGCAACGAGAAGGAGGUCUCUUGGGACGAAGUGGCAGACUUCUAUCUGGACUUGAGGAAGUACUUCUCAGUUUCCGAGAUCGAUAAGGAGGAAAUACCGAUAGUUUUUGGCGAAGCGCACGAUAUUAGCUUCAAUAAAACCGGCUUCGGGUUGAACUAUACACCUUUGAAUUUCAUCACCGUAUACCAUAUUGAUACUAGGAAAGCUGAAAUAAAGAUGCCGAGCGGCCACGUAGACCAGCCUGUCAUUGAAGACAAUAGAGAUGGAACCGUCAGCAUCAAGUACGAACCGAGGGAGGAGGGCAUUCAUGAGCUCUACGUCAAGUAUAACGGGGAACAUGUCCAGGGGUCACCGUAUAAGUUCACAGUGGAUUCCAUCUCCUCUGGCUAUGUGACCGCGUACGGUUCUGGUCUGGUGAGCGGUGUCAGCGGGGAGCCCAGCCAGUUCACCAUCAUUACCAAAGGCGCUGGUGCUGGCGGGUUGACUAUGGCAGUCGAGGGACCCAGCAAAGCUGAGAUCACAUGCCAUGAUAAUAAAGAUGGUACAGUGGCUGUGUCGUAUCUUCCCACGGCUCCUGGAGAGUACAAGGUGUCCAUCAGGUUUGGAGAUAAGCAUAUCAAGGGAUCGCCGUUCAUUGCAAAGGUUACCGGCGAGGGUCGCAAGAGGAACCAGAUCUCUGUGGGCAGUUGCAGUGAAGUCACGCUGCCUGGCAAGAUCAGUGACACCGAUAUUCGAAGCCUCAACGCUUCCAUACAGGCACCAUCAGGUCUCGAAGAGCCCUGUUUCCUGAAGCGUCUACCUUCAGGGAACAUCGGCAUCAGCUUCACUCCCCGUGAAGCAGGUCAACAUAUUGUUUCUGUGAAAAAAAUGGGUGUCCACAUACAGAACUCACCAUUCAAUAUCACAGUACAGGAACAGGAAGUCGGAGAUGCUAAGAAAGUUCAGGUAACAGGUACAGCGCUGAAAGAAGGCAAGACUCACGGUGAAAACACGUUUACUGUUGACACCAAGAAUGCUGGAUAUGGUGGUCUAUCGCUCUCUAUUGAAGGUCCUAGCAAGGCGGAGAUUCAAUGUGCAGACAGCAAGGACGGUGUCCUGGCCAUCAGCUACAAGCCCACGGAACCUGGCUAUUACAUCAUCAACCUCAAGUUUGCUGACCACCAUGUAGAGGGGUCACCAUUUACUGUCAAGGUGACUGGUGAGGGUAGCAACAGACAGAGAGAGAAGAUCCAGAGGCAACGGGACCCGGCCCCAUUAACCGAAGUCGGUACAAACUGCAAACUCACUUUCAAGAUGCCUGGUAUCACUUCUUUCGACCUGGCUGCAACCGUGACCAGCCCGGGGGGUGUGUCCGAGGACGCUGAAAUCCAGGAGGUGGAGGACGGACUGUACUCAGUUCAUUUCGUGCCCAAGGAGUUGGGUGUACACACGGUUUCUGUCAAGUACAGGGAGAUUCAUAUUCCCGGCUCACCUUUCCAAUUCACCGUGGGUCCACUAAGAGACUCCGGAGCUCACUUGGUAAAGGCAGGAGGUUCAGGUCUGGAACGCGGGGAGGCUGGUCGCUUCAACGAGUUCAACGUGUGGACCCGGGAGGCUGGUGCUGGACAGCUCGCGAUAUCGCUUGAAGGUCCCAGCAAGGCUGAGAUCGAUUUUAAAGACAGGAAGGAUGGAUCCUGCGACGUGUCGUACAAAGUUGAUGAGCCUGGUGAAUACCGUAUCGGCCUGAAGUUCAACGAGCAGCACAUCCCAGACUCUCCCUUCAAGGUGUACAUCUCGCCAGCUGUGGGAGAAGCCUACCUGCUGGAAGUUGCCCAGUUCCCAGACACUGCCCAGGUGGAUAAGCCUGCUCAGUUCUACAUCAGGCUCAAUGGCGCUAAGGGAGAUUUGGAUGCUAGGAUAAUUUCGCCGUCCGGCAAGACAGACGAUUGCUUCAUCCAGAACAUCGACGGGGACCAGUACUCCAUCAGGUUCAUGCCGCGAGAGAAUGGAGUCCAUAACAUUAAUGUCAAAUUUAACGGAGUUCACAUCCCAGCAUCACCGCUGAGGAUCAAGGUUGGUAAGGAUGACGCUGAUCCUGCUGCAGUCCACGCGCACGGACCAGGCCUGGGAGCUGUUAAAACUGGAGUGAAGACAGAUCUGAUCAUCGAUACUUGCAACGCCGGCGCUGGUCUUCUCGCAGUCACCAUGGAUGGGCCCUCCAGGGUAGCCAUGGACUGCACUGAGGUUGAAGAGGGAUAUAAGGUGCGCUAUACUCCACUGGCACCUGGCUUCUACUACUUGAGCAUCAAAUACAAUGGGGCUCACAUUGUUGGCUCACCGUUCAAGAUUGAAGCUACAGGUGGUAAAAUCGCCGAAGUUGGUGCUCAAGAGACGUCAUCGGUCACGGUAGAAACUGUACAGAAAGUGUCUAAAUCUGGCUUGAAACAGGGUCCAGUUCUACCGAACUUCAAAUCUGACGCCUCCAAAGUUACCUCCAAGGGUAUGGGGCUGAAGAAGGCUUAUUUGAACAAGCACAAUCAGUUUACGGUGCACGCUGGAGAUGCGGGAACUAAUAUUCUAUACGUCGGUAUCUACGGCCCCAAAGGACCCUGUGACGAGGUACAGCUCAAACACAAAGGCAAGAAUAACUACGAAUGCUGGUACGUGGUCAGGGAUAGAGGGGAUUACAUUGUUAUCGUCAAAUGGGGGGAUGAACACAUCCCCGGCUCACCCUACAAAGUAGAAGUCUAAGACACUACAUCCGAUGGCAGCGUGUUAAAAAGUCUCAUUAUAUUUCACAAAAAGCAUGGACACUCUUGUACACUGCGUGCCAUAAAACUGCAUUCGUAUUUUUUAUAAAUCAUAGUGUUUUUUUGUUACAAUGACGUUUAGAAUGUAAUUAGAUAUGUGCGAAAUGAUUUUUUUAUUAUUAUUGUGUGUAAAGUACAUUAUUAAUUUUGCAAGCGACUUUUUAAUGGACAUUUUAGUAAAAAGACUAUAUAAAAAUAAUCAUGUUUCAUUUAUAAUCAUUGUGAUAAGAAUUUGUAUGUUUAAAUUUAAAACAUAAAUACGCUGUCAUCAUUUAAUUUAUUGUAUUUUAUUUAUUUUCUUCUAAGGAUUACGAAAAGAUUUUCAGAAAAUUCUAAUUUGUAACACUAAUAAAAGAUUGAUCUCUCGUUAUUGAAAAUGACAUUUAGAUCUUUUUGUGGUCCUUCGUGCGUUUUUCUUGUUCCUAUAUCUUUAUCAUUUCGAAAUAUUAUCGUUAGGUAUCCAAUUGUUUUGCGAGCAUUUUUAUAUUCUAACAACUGAGCCGAUGUUUCCUAGAUAUAUGUUUUCAUAUACGAUUUAUAUGUUUCUCAUUUAGUUUUUAGGGCGACUAAAUGACAAUACAUAUAAAAAAUUAACUUAAAUUAUUCCCUUAUUAUUAAUAAGUUUUAUAUUUAGGCGCAAUUUAUUAGAUUCCUAUCUAAAAUUGUUAUUCGAAUUUACUUCUGUCAUUUGUUUAUUAAUUCUUCUUCCUUCUUUUUUAAUUAAAA